AUGAUGCCAAAUACAAGCUCGAACAUAAGCCCUGGGCACCCACUGGAGCGCAUCGCGCGAUACCUCAAUCCUUCAGACCUAGCAGCUUUCCGUCAAGCAUGCGCAGACCCCGAAAUGACAAUGCAAGCCAUAGCAGACUCAUGGCUGAGCACCUGGAGAACAAGCCUUAUGGGGUCGGACAUUCAGCGUCUGGAGACCCUGGCAGCAGAUGAAGACUUGGCAAAACAUGUGAACGUCAUCAGCAUCGCUGACGACAGUGAAUCGCUCGAUCCGUAUGUCACUUCGGAACUGCCGUCUCUUGAGCGAAGUUACGACAUCUGGCCCCGGAACGAUGCUGGUACAGUCGUAUCAAGCGAGAUCGGCGUUGCAGCGCUUCAAGCUCUUUUCCGGCAGCAACGGCUUCGCCCCGAGACGAUAGUGAUUCGAGAUUACCGCAUCGCUGCAGUAAACUUUGAUCUUUGCUCGGAAAUGUCCGUGGUACGGAAUCUCUUCGUACCAAAAGCGUUCGAUCGGUCCGAUCAAAGCCCAGUAUUCGCUCUUGCAAGAGACGUAAUUCGAAGCAGUGAUCUGGCAAUAACGUCAAUUCAGCUCAAGCCUGGUACAGAUCCAUCAUCCCAAGGCUCCGCUCUCAGUCUACCACGCUUCCAGAACCAGGCGAGUACUCUUGUACUGGGCUCUCCUGGCGUAUCAGUCGUGCGCAUUCAUCUCUCGCCCGCACAUCAGGGUCGAAGCUUUGGGUUCUCCAUGCUGAAAUCGGCAGAGCUACGCCUGGACGAUGAGUGCGCCCCGUACUGGAUUGAGCAGGUCUUCUGCCGUGCCGUGGCGCUAGACGCUCUGCACAUCUCGAUCAGGUGUCAAUUGGGCACGACGAUACCUGCGGAGAAAGUCUUGAUGAAGCUGAGAACAUUCAGCCUGGCCCACUCGAGAGUUCCCGCAGAAGCUAUAUACAGCUUCUUGUCGGCGUCAGCACACACUUUGGCCGAGCUUGAGCUCCGUCAGGUGACGCUCGCCUUUGGUUUCACGUGGUCAGAAGUGCUGUCGACGCUGGCGACGAGGCUCGUAGCGAUGACUUCGUUUAGUCUGCAGCUUCUGAGAGAAGCAGCUGAAGGUUACAUGCCUCUUGACUGGUGCGAUCUAAUGGAAGAGCACUUGGAAGAGUAG